AUGAGCCUGGAUCUGAUAUUUCAGGCUGCUCCUGAAGCUCCGCCUGAUGCAACAAAUUUCACGAUCCCAAGCCCGGGCCCCGCAACGCAGACGACACAGAGCCAACCGGAGGUUUUGGUGUCGUCGCUGCCCGUGGGAUCUUCAGACCGGUAUCGAUUCACCCCACAGACGCUGCCACCAUUCCGGACUUGCGAGGAGGAGACGAUGGGAACAACUCGUUGGAAGCGGCUGCAGGCACGCAACGUCACGCUUUGCAGCGGCGGAGCUUCAAGGAUUAUUUGCGCUCGCGAGCUCAAGGGGGCCAGAGCCUACGUUUGCCAGUUCUACGACAUGGUGGAAGUUCUGACUCCCGAGGGCACCUUGCGCUGGGUCGCCCACUGCAAGUUGCAGAAAGACGUGGACAGAAGAUCACUGUUUAAAGGGUUUGCUCCUAGACAUCCUCUCCAGAACUUAGACAUUCGAAGGGAGCUCGGAGCCAAGCAGUUGAGCAAGGCGGUCACAAUCGUGGAGAGCAUCCCUGGCAACGCGGAUCUUGCCGACCACGUCGUCGCGUCCCUACAGUGGAAAGCCCGAAAGAAUGCCACGACUCGGGAAGGCCUGACGUUCUUGUCCACGGGCGACUGCAACAGCGGCAACCCCGGCCAUUGCCAAGCUGACCAAGACAACUUGUUCAUCGUGCAGCAUAUGCUGCACAAAACCUUCAGCCGGAAAGACACCAGAGUUGUCCUCUACAUUGGCUUUGGAAACUCCUUCUACGGGCAUAGCAUAGGUUGGCCCCCGUUCUACGAAGACUGGAGAGCGCUGGCGUCAGAGGUCGUCACCGCGUCUCACAUGAAGGACUUUCCAGACUUGGGCUUGAAGUCAGAAGCGUAUGUGCAGCCCGUGGGGACUUUGGUGACUGGCCCCAAGGGAAUGACUGGGCCCCACUGGACCAAGUUCAGCGAAAAGGGCCUCUGUGAAGGGCGAAAUCCUGUACUGCUUGGCCAUCAAAUGGACUCUUGGGCUUUUAAUCUCUCACAGGCGGCCGUGCCAUUCUUUGAGUCCGAGUGGCGGCGUUAUCCGGAGCGCUACGGUGAUGCCUGCCGAUUCCUGCAGAAGCUUUCGGCGGAAUAUUCUCUGCAUUUCUUCAACGCAAAAGCUUGCAAAAUAGAUGCCAACCAGUCGAAUUUUUACUUGUGGAUUUCGAGAAUGCCCCGUGGUUGCCACGACGCGACUGUGCCUGCAGACAAAUGCAUCAGAAACCGUGACGUCUCGAAUGGCCUGGACCUGGCAACUCAGCUGUCCAAAAGAUACCCCCAGCACACGCUGCUAUAUGUGAACAUGGGGCCUGUCCCUUACCUUGACCAAGUGUUCGUGAUCCGCCUCGCCAACACGAUCAUUGCUGCACACGGUGGCGGCUCUUGGAACGCGGCCCGGUGGCUCAACGAGGCCCUGCAGCAACGGAUCGUCGAGAUCCUGACGGCAGGUGGGCCAGGCGACACGUGUUCUCUGGCGAAGAUGUUCGGUGCGAGCUACAACUACAUCGGGUGUCGCAACUGCAAGUCUCCGGUGAAUGGGGAGCUGAAGUUCGAGGACUUAGAGGCCGUAUUGCAGACCUCUUGGCAGCGCGGCUGCCAUGAGAUGUGGUGA